UGGGCCGAAUGGAAAUGGUCGUGCCCAACCAAGUUCGUUUUUGAACUGAAAACCCCCUACAAAGUAGAGUUAGGGUUUAUCGAUUUCACUUCUGAGUGUGGUGCUUCACUCUUCACUUCGCAGCUUCAGAUCUUCUCCAUCCUCUGAAUCAAGUUUUGACUUUAUUUGAAGAGUUUCUCAACUGCACUUUCCUUCCAAAAUGAGCCGGCCAAUGGAGGAAGAUGCUGCGGGUAAAAAUGAGGAAGAGGAGUUCAACACCGGACCACUAUCUGUACUCAUGAUGAGUGUUAAAAAUAAUACUCAGGUACUGAUAAAUUGUCGGAACAACAAAAAGCUUCUGGGUCGUGUAAGGGCUUUUGACAGGCACUGCAACAUGGUUCUUGAAAAUGUCAGGGAGAUGUGGACUGAGGUGCCAAAGACUGGUAAAGGAAAGAAAAAGGCCCAGCCAGUCAACAAGGAUAGAUUCAUCAGCAAAAUGUUUCUACGUGGAGACUCUGUCAUCAUUGUUCUUAGAAACCCCAAAUGAGAUUCUGUCAUCAACUUGUAGGAGUAAAUGGCUCUGUAGUAUUUGCCUUUUCGUUAUAUCUUGAAUUCUUGAUAAACGAAUAUGUAGACAUUCUGUCCUUCAAAAUAUAUUAUGUAACGGUAGGCUUAUAGUAUUUGCACAUUGGAGUAUUUCUCGUAGGAUACCAUGUAGUCAUUGCAGUUCAAUUUUUCUUUUGCUGCCUAGUGUCUUGGGAAUUAAUUUUUGUUUCUUUGUUUUGCCCUUUGUUAUAUAAUCACAUUGAAA